AUUAUAAGGUAUUACACAAUAUUAUAGUAAUUAUUGUGUAAUCAAUAGAUUAAUGCAAUUCUAUUGAAAUCCAAUUGACAUUCAAUUUAAUAGAUUCACUAAAUGUGUGACAAAUGUGUGACAAAUGUGUGACAAAUGUGUGACAAAUGUGUGACAAAUGUGUGACCAAAAUAUACACUAACUUUGAAUCCAUUGAUUAUCACAUCAAUUGAUCCACUGAUGGACAUACACUCAAAUCACGAGCUCAUUGCUCUUUAUGGACAAAUCAAAGAGUUGAUCACCGAAGAGACGCAACAAAAGGAAAGACUUAAACAAAUGUUGAUUAAUACUGAAGACAACAAAGACUGGAAUCAACAAGUGAUCCAACAAUUGAGACAAUCAUUACAAGAGGCGCACAAAUGUAUUAAAAGCCAAAACAAAGCUUUGGAUCAAAUUAAUCAAUUAAAAGAAACCAAUCGUUUGUCGAAUGAAAAGAUAUCUGAAUUAAACCAAACAUUGACCACAAAUGACAAAUCGAUGAAUUCAAAGAUUAAUGAAUUGAUGACACGUUUAAAUUCAAAGGAAAAAACUAUUCAAGAGUUGAAUUUGAAGACCAGUGGCAAAGAGAUAUCAUUGAAUCAAAUGAAACGCGAAUUAAGUGACAAUAAGGAGAAAAGCGAACAAAAUAUCGCUGAAAUCAAAGAUUUUUACGAACAGAAGAUUAAAAGUCUUUACAAAGACUCUGACGAAAAGUUACACAAAUGUAUGCAACGGAAUGACGAAAAGAUAAUUGAAGUAAAAGCUAAUUGUUUGCGAAGUAUUGAAAAAACCAAAGAAGAAUAUGAAACAAAACUCAGACGAUAUGAAAUGGAAAACAAAGAAUUAAACGAAAAAUAUUCACAUAUGAGACUUGAGUCGGAGGCCCGCAAAAUGUCCAACAAAUUUGCCACAAAUGCUACCAAAAGUGGUUGUCAUUCAAAGACCAAGUUUUCAAAGAAUAAACUAUCGAUUCGAGUCAUGGAUUCAGAAGACGAUGAACUGAACGCACCUACUGUUGAAUUGGUCGGACAAAAGCGCAAGAAAUUGAUGCCAAAUAAUGAUUCUUAUUUGGAUUAUCUUAGAGAUGAACCAUAAGUUGUUUAAUACAUUAACUAAAAUAUAAAUAUUAAUUUGUAUUUUUAUGUAAA